CGACGAUGGUGGGGGGAGUGGUGAGUGAUAUCUAUCAUGCAGAGGAGCGGAAUACGGGGAUGUCGUUGUUUUCGGGGGCGGCGUUGUUUGGGACAGGGUUCGGGCCGGUGGUGGGCGGUUGGAUUGCGGAGAAUACGACCUGGAGGUGGAUUUUCUAUGUACAGGCGAUUGUGGAUGGGGCGGUGAUUAUCGGGGUUAUCAUUGUGUUUAAGGAGACGAGGGGGAGUGUGUUGUUGAGCCGGAAGGCGGCGGCGUUGAAUAAGUGGUAUGCUGCGAGAGAAGGCGUUGGGCUCUACUACGUUUCGAUGCCGUCCAACUCCGAACCUUCGAUACGAAUCCCACAGCGCAUUCGAUGGAAGGUCAAAUCUGACGAAGAGCGCACCUCUAUCCUCAAGAUGAUCUCCAUCUCCCUCUACCGCCCCUUCCACCUCCUCACCACCGAACCAGUCGUCUUCUUCUUCGCCCUCUGGGUCGCCUUCGCCUGGGCGGUCCUCUACCUCACGCUCGCCGCCAUCCCCCUCGUCUUCGCCACGAACCACGGCUUCUCCGUCGCCCAAUGUGGCGCCGUCUUUACUUCCAUGUGCGUCGGCUCUAUCCUCUGCACGGUCCUUAGCAUAUAUCAAGAAAAGCUCGCCAAGCGCUACGGGAAGAUGCUCAACACACCCGAAGGCCGCCUCUAUUUCAGCUGCGUCGAGUCAGCCCUCCUCCCCAUCGGUCUGUUCAUGUUUGGCUGGACCUCCUUCGCCUCCAUCCACUGGAUUGUCCCCACCAUUGCCAUCGGCCUCGCCACCAUGGGCAUCUUCUCGAUCUACCUCGCCGUGUUCAACUACCUCGCUGACACGUAUCAUCGGUACGCCAGCUCGGCGAUCGCGGCGCAGAGUUUCUGUCGGAAUAUGCUAGGCGGCGCGUUCCCACUGAUCACGGCGCAGAUGUAUAAGAAGCUGACGUACGGCGGCGCGUCGAGCUUCCUGGGCGGGUUCGCGGCGUUGUUGACGAUCGUGCCAUGGGUGCUCGUGUUUUGGGGUCCGAACAUCCGAGCGAGGAGUAAGUUUGCGAGCGAGAUUAUGGAACAUGCUUCGGCUUGAGAUCUGCAUAAAGAGGUUGGAUUAGUUGAAUACAUCAUAUUUUUAAUAUAUUUAUUUUGAUCGUUCCCUUGGUCCAUCAUCUUCCGUCAUACACCGGGUUAGGCUUUUGCUUCUUUGAUCUUGACUGUCAGCAACCCCACUUUGAUACAUGAAGGGCGCAUAUAUGGGAAGGUCUGGGGUGUCGCACCGAUUUGUCCCCGUUGUUGACCGACCAACUUUUCUUGCCUUGCCUUUUCUGCCUAGUCCCAAUACAGUUAGUGCCACUAUUCCCACACUUCAAUAUGGACCAUGACAUAUAUCUCGAUGCGUCCU